AAUUUUUGUUUUGCUGGAAAGAUUUGAGAGCAGAGACGACAACGAAAUUACGCUUAGCCGGAAAACCAGAAAUUCCUCGUAGAUGAAUGAAGAUAGUGACGUACAAUGUGAACGGCUUAAGGCCUCGAAUCUCACAGUUCGGUUCUCUUUCCAAUCUCCUCAACGCUCUCGACGCCGAUAUCAUCUGCUUCCAGGAGACGAAGCUGUCGAGGCAAGACUUUAGAGCCGAUUUGGUUAGAGCUGAAGGCUACGAAUCAUUCUUCACUUGCACACGUACUUCCGACAAAGGCCGAUCAGCCGGCUAUUCUGGUGUGGCUACGUUUUGCCGUGUAAAAUCUGCAAUUUCAAGCAAUGAAGUGGCAUUACCUAUUGCUGCAGAGGAGGGUUUUACGGGGCUUCUUCAGGAUUCUCAAGGACAUGGAUCUAUAAAGAAUGACUGUUCUUUCAUAGCCAAAGGCCUUGAGGGUUUUUCUAGGGAUGAACUUCUCAAAAUUGAUAGCGAGGGGCGUUGUAUAAUCACAGACCAUGUGCAUUUUGUUCUUUUCAAUAUAUAUGGUCCCAGGGCUGGUUCUGAUGAUUCUGAAAGGAUCCAGUUUAAGCUCUCAUUUUACAAGAUAUUAGAGAGAAGAUGGGAGUGUCUACUACACCAAGGACGGAGGAUUAUUGUUGUUGGGGAUCUUAAUAUUUCUCCCUCUUGCAUAGAUUGUUGUGAUGCAGGACCUGACUUUGAGAAGAAUGAGUUUAAAAGAUGGUUUAGAUCGCUAUUAGUGCAACAUGGUGGACAUUUCUUGGACGUCUUCAGAUCAAAAUUUCCUGAUAGAAGAGAAGCCUAUACUUGUUGGUCCACUAGUACUGGUGCUGAGGAAUUUAAUUAUGGGACAAGGAUUGACCACAUUCUUAGUGCAGGGCCUUGUUUACAUGAAGAGUGUGAUCAAGAAGGCCAUGACUUUGUCACAUGUCAUAUUCAAGAAUGUGACAUUCUGGUGCAGUUCCAAAGGUGGAAACCAGGAAAUGCACCAAGAUGGAAAGAAGGAAGGAGUAUCAAGUUAGAAGGUUCUGAUCAUGUUCCUGUUUAUUCGACAUUGAGGGGACUCCCAGAAGUGGUAUUGCAUAGCACUCCUUCUUUGUCUACCAGAUACCACCCUCAGGUCUCUGGGUACCAGCAAACUCUUGUAUCCAUGUUGAUGAGGAGGGAAUCGUCAACUCAAAUUAAUAUCAAUGGUGGGUCCACUUCAUCACCAGAUGGGAGUGUUACUAAUCCAAACGUGAUACAUGAUAGUCCCAUUUCAAGAUUGGAGGAGAGCAAUAAGAGAGCACGAUACAGUCGGGGGUCGCAGCUUACACUCAAGUCGUUUUUCCAGAAUGUUCCAAGUGAAACGUUAGACAGCAAUAGUAUGGACAAGCAUCAUAUCUCUACUUCCCUUCCGAGUGCUACUGAAAACGGUAACUCAAAGGAAUGUGAAUGGAAUGAGAGUGAAUCUAUUCAGGAGGAAGGUCUGGUUGAUGCAUGUGACUCUUUAGAUGAAGGGAAGAGGACUGAUGCAUUACAGGAGUGGCAGAGGAUUCGAAAAUUUAUGCAGAACAGUGUGCCGGUUUGUAAGGGCCAUAAAGAGCCUUGUGUUUCUAGGCUUGUUAAGAAAGCUGGUCCCAAUUUGGGACGUAGGUUUUAUGUCUGCGCCCGUUCUGAGGGACCUGCGUCUAACCCUGAAGCAAAUUGUGGUUACUUUAAGUGGGCAGCUUCAAAACCCAAGGGCAAAAUCUAGUAAUAUUUCCUUCCGAGAUAAGAUACAAGAGACAGUGCAAGGCCUUUAAGAACAGUUCAUUUUUGGCUCAGUAAAUAUUAGGAAUAUUUUCUGUAUACUCUGUAGCCUAUACACUCUGUACUAACACCCCUCUUUGAGUUUAAUAUUAUGUCUCUUUUCAUA